UAAAAAGUUCGGCGCCGGUCGCCCAUAGCCACUCACUCACCUGAGCGCUGGCCGUCGCGCGCACUGCCUGGGUCUGCGCUCUCGCCCUAUGUCCCGCCGCAAGGCCGGCCGCGUGCCUUGCCGCUUAGAUCCGGAGCCGGACGCCGACGUGGAGAUGCCCGACCUUGUCAUAGAUGUAAAGCCGGACCGCAACCUGGGGUCCUCGGCGCAGCUGCCCUGGUUCGCGAGGGACAAGCCCACGUCCGGGGUCUUCGGUAUGGAGCAUCAACUCCAAACCGCCUCGUACCCCCUCGGCGCGCCCACCACGUGUGCCCCGCGGAUGCCUUUGAGUUCUAAGUCUUCCGACCGCCACCACUGGACCGACAUGCACCCAGAUCUGUUGACCUGCGGCCGCUGCAGGAAGAUCUUCCCAUUAGGGGCCAUCAUCGCUUUCAUGGAUCACAAAAAACAAGGCUGUCAGCUUCUCCAAGUCUCCGACCCCAUCUCAGAAUCCAAAGAACUGAAGGCUCUGAGCUGCCUCCAAUGUGGCAGACAGUACCCGAGUGCUUGGAAGUUGCUGUGCCAUGCCCAGUGGGACCAUGGGCUAUGCAUCUACCAGACAGAACAAUUGCUGACCCCAGAGGCUCCUCUGCUGACCCCAGAGGCUCCACUGCUGGGCCUGGCUGAGGUGGCUGCAGCCAUGUCAGCAGUGGCAGUGGUAGGGCCAGUUAAGGACAAGCCCCCUCCAGUGAGAAGUGCUGCCCGGCGGAGCCCCACCUGCGAUUUGUGUAACAAGACCCUCAGCUCUUUCAGCAACCUCAAGGUCCAUAUGCGUUCCCACACUGGUGAGCGGCCCUACUCCUGUGACCAGUGUUCCUAUUCCUGUGCUCAGAGCAGCAAGCUGAACAGACACAAGAAGAUCCAUCGGCAGCCAACAACUGGGAGGACCCAUCGGCAGCCAACAGCUGGGAGGACCCAUCGGCAGCCAACAGCUGGGAGGAGACCCUCCACUUCCACCAGUAACUGGGGAUUCUCCCCAGCAGCCCCUCCAGAACCAGCUGCCUAUGCAGCUGCUCCAGCCAGCAUGCUACCAUGCCAGAAUGUGGAGAAGGCUGGAGCUGCAGCCACAGCAGGAGUCCAGGAACCUGGGGCCCCUGGCAGCGGAGCUCAAGGGGGUUCAGGUUUUGUUGGCUGGGAAGCCACUGUCAAAGUAGAGAGGACUGACCCUGUAAAGACAACACCUAGGAAGAGCAAUGGGCCUGGGGGCGAAGUCCUUCACCAACAGCAGCAACACUGGCGAGUGACCAGUGUCCCUGUGCUUGUGCCUGGGCACAAGCAGCAAGCUCAACUGUCUGGUAAAACUGUAUAAGUGCCUGCACUGCUUUGUGCCCUGUGACAGAAGCACCCGGUGAUGGCCUGAGACCUGUUCUGUAGAGGUGUCACUUCAAGUAGAAAUGGGCAGGCACUUAAGUCUUUCCUCUGUGAAUAAACCAUCUCCUACU